GUCAACCUCAACGAUCUCCAGGCAACCUCGGACGGAAAGUCCCGACAGGAACAUGUUCUCAUCCUGACUCCUCUCAAGAACGCCCAGCCUUAUCUUGCACGCUAUUUUGAGCUGAUUGACCGGAUGACCUAUCCAAAGCAUCUGGUAUCCAUCGCAUUCCUGGUCUCGGACACAACUGACGAGACUGUCCAGAUCCUAAAAGACCAGGCAGAUGUGUUUCUCAAUCGCAGGGAUCCUAGGAACAGAUACCAUCAUAUUGCGAUAUAUGAAAAAGAUUUUAAAUUCGAUAUGCCAGAAAAUGAGCGCCACAAAUUCGAGCUUCAGCCUGUUCGUCGCUCGUUUAUGGCUCGAUCUCGUAAUUACCUCUUGACUGCUGCACUUCGUGAAGAACAUGCAUGGGUACUUUGGCUGGACGUAGAUGUGGUUGAAUAUCCGGCCGGGAUCCUCGAGGAUCUUCAAAGUGUUGACGUUGAUAUUGUUGUACCAAACUGUCUUCGGGAGACAGAAGAUGGCUCAUUUUGGGGAUAUGAUAAAAAUAACUGGCAGGAAACUGAACAGUCUCUGGCGAUCCAACGUGAUCUUGAUCCUGACUAUGUAUUACUUGAAGGCUAUUAUGAGUUCCUUACUGGUCGGUAUUUGAUGGUAGACAUGGAGACACAUCUUCCAAAACUCAAUAAGGUUCCUUUGGAUGGUGUGGGAGCAACUUUUACACUUGUAAAGGCCAAUGUACAUCGGGAAGGCGCCAAUUUCCCUCCCUAUGCAUUCCAACAUCAGGUUGAAACAGAGGGGUUUGCAAAGAUGGCCAAAGCCAUGGGAUUUGGAGUCUAUGGUCUACCCAGUUACAUUAUUUAUCACAUC